AUGGACAGCAUUGCAGAAGACCUCGCCAGCUAUCUCGUACAGCAACUCAAACUUAAAGCGAUUGGAGAGCGGCUCUUGGUUGCUAUCGCAGGCGUCCCUGCAUCAGGCAAAUCAACCUUGGCUGAGCUGAUAGUCGCCAAAGUCAACGUGCUUUUGGCUGCUGAUAGUUCCACGCUUCACACUUCCGCCAUUUUGGUUGGCUUGGAUGGGUGGCAUCUCACGCGUGCACAACUAGAUGCUAUGUUGGAUCCUAAACUUGCGCAUGAUCGUCGCGGUGCACACUGGACUUUUGACGGUCCAUCUUACGUCGAGUUUGCGAAGCUUUUGCGCCAGCCGGCAACUGCUGUGAUAACUGCCCCUUCUUUUGAUCAUGCCCUAAAAGAUCCUACCCCUCAUGCCGUGACGAUAUGCCCUUCCCACCGCCUAGUUGUGAUCGAGGGUUUAUACUCUAUGUUAAAUCACGAGAUAUGGGAGCAGGGCGCACAGCUAAUGGACGAACGGUGGUGGAUACAGGUAGAUUUAGAGGAAGCGAAGCGGCGAUUGGUCAAGAGGCACGUCCUCACGGGUGUGGCUAGAGACAUGGAAGAGGCAAUAUGGAGAGCCGAGCAGAAUGAUGAGCCAAAUGGAAAAUUCAUUGCGGAAAACCUGUAUGAACCCACAAAGAUUAUCAAGAGCUUGGACGACCCCAAAUAUACCCUUUGA